ACAGGAAUCAACGCACAGAUCGAUGUGUGUGGCCAGGCACCGCUCAACACCAAAAUCGUGGGGGGCGAGGACGCUGCCCCGGGGGCGUGGCCGUGGCAGGCCAGUCUACACUUCAAAAGCCAUUUUUACUGUGGAGGCUCCCUGAUCAACAACCAGUGGGUGUUGAGCGCCGCCCACUGUUUCCCCAGGGUCAUCACCCAAGCAGACGUGAGAAUUUACCUCGGCCGCGAGACGCAGGAACUCGACAACGCCAACGAGGUGUCGCGCAACGUGUCGCGGAUCGUCACCCAUCCCAGCUACAACCACGAGACAAACGACAACGACAUCGCGCUGGUGCAGCUCUCCAGCGCCGUCACCUUCACCGACUACAUCAGGCCCGUGUGCCUGGCGGGCGCCGGCAGCGAGUUCGGGGCCGGGGUCAUCGCCUGGGUCACCGGCUGGGGAACCAUGGAUGUGGGAAAGCCUCUGGAGUCUCCUGGGACGCUGCAGGAGGUCGACGUUCCCAUCGUGUCCAACGCAGACUGUGACGACGCCUACGGCCUCAUCACAAGCAACAUGAUCUGUGCAGGACUGUAUGAGGGAGGAAAGGAUUCCUGUCAGGGUGACUCGGGCGGCCCGCUGGUGGUCAAAAACGGGUCUCAGUGGAUCGAGUGUGGCGUUGUGAGCUUCGGCAAAGGCUGCGCCGAAGCCCGGUUCCCCGGAGUCUACGCCCGAGUGUCGGAGUACGAGUCCUGGAUCAAGAGCACCAUCCCCACCAACCAGCCGGGCUUCAUCCCCAUCAGGAUCGUGAUGAGGCCCGCCUCCUCCCCCUGCUUCGCCAGCUCCUCCUCCUCUUCCUCCAUCACUGGCGUGCCCCUCUUCCUCGCCCUGAGUCUUCCUCUGCUCGUCUUCCUUCAGGAACCAUGA